UUAUCGAAUAAUAUGCUUCAAGGACAUAUUCCAAUGUCAUUUGUGAACCUCUCCUCUCUAACUUACCUGCAGCUGUCCAAUAACAGUCUCACAGGAGGCAUUCCACAUUUCAUAGGAAGUAUGUCGACCCUUAAUUAUCUUGAUCUGUCAGCCAACAAUUUUAUAGGAGGCAUCCCUCCUUCACUAGGGAACCUUUCUACUCUCACUCAUCUUGAUCUAUCCCAAAAUAAUCUUGAAGGAGGAAUCCCUCCUUCAUUAGGGAAACUCUCUUCACUCACAACUUUCUUAUACCUAGCCUUUAAUAGUCUUUCCGGAACCAUACCACCUGCACUUUGGAACCUUUCUUCCCUCACUUUAUUUGGUGUUGAGAAUAACAAUCUCCAUGGGUCCCUUCCAUCAUAUGUGGGAGAUGCUCUUCCCCAGCUUCGAGUUUUCAACUUGUAUGGCAACCAGUUUCAUGGUCCCAUUCCAAUGUCAUUUUCCAACACCUCCAGACUUGAAAUCAUCGAUCUAUCUAUAAACAAUUUUUCAGGAAUUAUCCCACCAAGCCUAGGAAGAUUACAAGGUCUUUCAAAAGUGAUUCUUGCCUACAAUAUGCUAGAAACCAGGGAAGCUGCUGGUUGGAGCUUUCUUGAUGCUUUAGCAAACUGCAGCAACUUAAGAGGAUUGCAGCUAGACAACAAUAGGCUUGGUGGCAUGCUACCCAAAUCUGUGGCCAAUCUCUCCACAACACUGACAUGGCUUUCCAUGGGACAUAACCAAAUAUAUGGAAGCAUACCUUCAGAGAUCAGGAACCUUGCCAACCUGACCCUUCUAGAUUUGGGUCCAAACCUUCUAACAGGUUAUAUUCCUGCCACUCUUGGGAUGCUACAAAACUUGCAUGUAUUAGACUUGAAUGGAAACAACUUUUCUGGUAGAAUCCCAAUAAACCUAGGCAAUCUCACUCAGUUGAACCAGCUUUACCUAGGAUUUAAUGAGCUGAACGGAAGCAUACCCACCAGCCUUGGCAACUGUCAAAACUUGGAAUACUUGAGCCUUGAUCACAAUAAACUUACUGGUAGCAUCCCUGUGGAAGUCCUUCACAUCUCCUCCCUCUCGACAUUGCUUGGCCUUUCACGCAAUGCAUUGACAGGGCUGCUACCUUCAACAGUCGGAAGCUUGAAAAAUCUAGACAUUCUUGAUGUCUCAGAGAACCAAUUAUCCGGCGAAAUUCCUGAUCGUCUUGGUGAAUGUCAGGUCAUGGAGUACCUUAACAUGAGAGGAAACUUCUUCAAUGGAACCAUUCCUUUGUCUUUGGCCAAUUUAAGAGGCCUUCAGCUGCUAGAUCUCUCAUGCAACAACUUAUCCGGGCGCAUUCCAGAAUUCCUAGAGAGCUUUCGUCUGCUGCAGAAUUUGAACCUCUCUUUCAACAACUUGGAGGGUGAAGUGCCAAAAGGUGGUGUUUUUGGAAAUAUCAGUGCUAUUUCAAUCCAGGGAAACACCAAGCUCUGUGGGGGGAACCCAAAGAUGAACUUACCACCAUGCUCCAUUGAAAUACCUGCGAAGCGACACAAGUCUCCUAGACUCGCAAUUGUGAUCUCUCUUGUAGUCUGUGCAAUUCUCUGCCUGAUCGUGUUCUUCUCUCUAUUUGCCGCUCGCUGUUGGUCUCAAAAAUCACGAAGAGAAUCUCCGGCCAUGACAUUAAUCAAAGAUCAACAUAUGAGAGUAUCAUAUGCUGAUCUUCUGAAGGCAACUGAUGGGUUCUCUCUUGCAAAUUUGAUCGGAGUCGGAAGCUUUGGUUCAGUGUACAAGGGGAUUAUGGAUCAUGGUGACCAAGAAAUUGUUGCAGUGAAGGUACUCAACCUCCAACAACAUGGUGCCUCUAGGAGCUUCUUUGCUGAGUGUGAAGCCUUGAGAAAUAUUCGACAUCGUAAUCUUGUGAAGAUCCUAACUUCAUGCUCGAGCAUGGACUUUGAAGGCAAUGAUUUCAAAGCUUUAGUAUUCGAGUUCUUCCCUAUUGGAAGUCUAGAAAAGUGGCUGCAUCCAGAAUCUAGCGAGCAGAGCAACUCGAGAAAGUUAAGCCUAACCGAGAGGUUGAACAUAGCUAUUGAUGUAGCUUCUGCAGUAGAAUAUCUCCAUUAUCAUGGCCCAAAACCUAUAGUUCACUGCGAUCUUAAGCCAAGCAAUGUUCUGCUCAGCGACGACAUGACGGCACGUGUGAGUGACUUUGGAUUAGCAAGGUUCCUAAACAGGACCAUCAGUAAUUCAUUUCUCAAUCCGGUAAGCUCCAUGGAAUUGAAAGGAUCCAUUGGAUAUGUUGCUCCAGAGUAUGGAUUGGCCAACAAAAUCUCCACUAAUGGGGAUGUCUACAGCUUUGGAAUACUCCUGCUGGAGCUAUUUACUGGAAAAAGACCUACUGAUGAUAUCUUUACAGAAGGAUUCAGCCUUCAUGAAUUUGUUCAAAUGGCAUUCCCACAUGAAGUCCUAGGCAUCAUGGAUCCGCACAUGGUCUUGCAGGAGGAAGAUGGAGAAGCCAGUGACUACACUCGAAACCUGAGUGACAUAAGAGGAGAAGCGGAAAAGUGCAUAGCUUCGGUGCUUAAAGUUGGCCUUUCGUGUUCCAAGGAAUCACCGAUUGAGCGAAUGCAGAUGAUGGAUGUUACUAGGGAAUUGCAUGCAAUCAGAGAUGCAUUACGCUUGGAUAUCAUAGGAUGACAGCAAAAGGGGCUGGCUGUGAGAUGGUGUUAUGAUUAUUGCUCACUAGUAAUAAUAGGCCAUUGGUGUCAACCAUUUCGUGCAACAGAUCUUCGUCUAUUUAGUUGAGCUAAGCUUAACGCGCGGACUGCAGUUUCCAGAGAUCAGCAAAAGGAUACAAUUUGUAGGAAUUGCUGAAGAUGUCUUAAGAUCAUUUGCCAUUG